GGUUGCGCUCCGCUACUGCCGCCGCCUCCUCCUCCUGUGGAGACAUUAAGCAGUGAUGAAGCAAAUCUGGGGUUAUUGCGGAGGCAUCGCCGGGAGGAAAUCUAUUUUAAUGAAACGAAAAAGGCCCAGCAAGGAAGUGGCGGCUGGCUGGGGGUGGAGCUACUUGGUUCUCACCUCUGCCGGGAGGCAGUGAGAGUAAAGCCCCGCUGGGUUUCUUUUUCGGUUCUCCUUGGAGUCGGCCUCCCUCCCGGCCCGGGUCAGGUUGUCCUACUUCUGCUUUUCUAGGCAUGCUGUGUGGCAUUUAAGGGCUAGUGUGAAUGUUUGUUGCUGAUUGGCAGAUACUCCAGGAAGCUUACACCUGUUAAAAGCUGCUGGAAAUCCCCUAGUUAGGUCCUCUGAUGUUUGGCCUAAGUGGGAACCUUUGGGAGUGACCUUCUGUUGGCUUCUGCUUCCCCAUCUAUCAGCGAUACGGCACAUGUCAGCAAUGGACAAAUUUCUCUCGUGGUUCAGGAAGCUGUGCAGUGGGAAGGAGCCAGAUGAAACCAAAUCUAUUCUGGAUAAAAGUUCCUCUAGUACUGAGGGUGAAGCAUCCUGCUAUGCCAGCGUCAAUGGAGAGGAUAUUCCUGAGGCCACCGCUGGCAAUGCCAGUCGGUGUUCCGUCACCUGUCCUACCUGCCAGGGCACUGGGAGGAUUCCCCGAGAGCAAGAACAGCAACUGGUAGCUCUCAUUCCAUACGGAGACCAACGGCUGAAGCCAAGGCGAACGAAGCUGUAUGUAUCCCUCACAGUGGCCAUUUGCCUGCUGGUGACGUGCCUCAUGAUGUACUUCCUGUUUCCACGCUCCAUUGCGGUGAUCCCUGCUGGACUGAACGCCUCCUCCAUUUCCUUUAACAACUCUGCUUACACUAUUGCCCUCAAUAUGACUAAUAUGCUGAAUGUGACAAACAACAACUUUUACACUGUGCGUGUGGCUCAGCUCGCUAUUGAAGUCUUGCACCAGGCCCUGGUGAUUGGGAAAAAAACUGUGAUGCCCCAGCUAGACAUCAGUCCCCUUCAGGGUGCUCAGAUACUUUACACUGUCUCCAGUAAAAUCUCGGACAAUAACACUUACAACAUUUGCACAUGGUCCAGAAUAAAAGUUCACAAUGUUCUCCUACACAUACAAGGUACCUUGACGUGCUCCUAUCUCUCUCACUCAGAGCAGCUGGCUUUCGAAAGCUAUCAGUAUGUAGACUGUAGGGGUAAUGCCACCCUUCCCAAGACUUCUGGAUUCCCCAAUUCCCUACAGCUGUUGUGAAGCUCCCGAGGAACAAAGUCUUCUGUUCAGUGGAACUGCGGCGUCAUUUUUGUCCCUCCUUUGGGGAGCAUUUGCAAAUGUUGAUUCAGUGUUGCGAAUUCUGCUGUGAAGGAGGAAGGCAGCUGCACCGAGACACUCCUCUUCUUAGAGAGAUCUGCGGGUGCUGAUGAUUUGUGGCAGAAAUCCAUCCAGCUCUGGGAGAGAAUGCAGUGGAACCAUGCUGGACCCUACAGGAUUUUAUGAUGGAAUUUGCUUGGGCUGUUCAGACGGCACUGGACUCCUUUAAAUGUUCUCCUGGAGGCUGCUGGCCUCGAGCUGGGACGAUGGCAGAGCCUUGCCAGCCAGGGUUUCUUGUUUUGGAGGACUGGGGGCUGACCUCUGAGGUUUUCAAACUUGUUCAAUAUUUUCUCUCUCUCAAGCAGUAAGACGGACUCUGCACCCUAUUGUUUGUUUUAAGGAGGGGGUGGCUGUGUUUGGACUCACUCUUAUACUCAUUCAUCAGAUUAGCUCUCUGCAGCCACCUCUGUGUGGGAAGCCAAAAGAGUAUGCAGCACUGAAGCAGUUUAGGAAGUUAGAAAUAUAUCCACGUUCAGGUAUUGGUCUUUCUAAAUAUAAUGUAACACCCCCACCCCCACACUGCAAUCCUCUUGAACAGAGGAAGAUAGAAAGUUACACUGGAAUUGGGUUUUUCCCUGGAUAGUGCUCAAGAAAUGUUUUCCAAAAUAAAUUCCUAUGCAUCAUGA